CCUUACUUGAGCCGUCUCCUUUAAGACCGGGCUUUCUAACCUUAUAUCCCGCGCCGGAAGCAGAGCGGCGCGUUAAUUUCAGCUUCUCGGAGAAGGGGAUCGGCAGCUAUUUCCACCCGCGCUCGUGCAGAGUUCUGCGUGCGGCGCCCGGCUACGGAGAAAGCUCCGUUGCUGGCCUGGCGGGGCUCAGUGUCAGUUUAACUUGAAGAGUUCAACUAGAGAAGAGCAGAUGGUGAGAGUUACCUCAUGUUAUCCACUGCUGUCCAUUUUGCCCUGCUGUGAUGGAUGAAUGGAAGCCUAACCCACAGCCCAAGCCGUGGAAGAAACGCAGCUGGUACCUGGCCUGGAAGUACAAGUUGACAAAUCAGAGGGCGCUCAGGAGACUGUGUCAGAUGGGAGCAGUCCUUUUCUUGCUGGUAACUGUUAUUGUGAACAUAAAGUUGAUCUUGGACACUAGAAGAGCAGCCAGUGAAGAAGAAGAAUCAGCUCAGGAUUAUGAUGAAGGUUUGCAGAAGCUAGAGAUUCCUCGGCGGCCUGUGAGUAGCAGAAAAGUUCUGGACAUUGAGGUCUAUUCCAGUCGCUCCAAGGUUUAUGUUGCAGUUGAUGGGACCACGGUUUUAGAAGAUGAAGCCCGGGAACAAGGCAGAGGCAUCCAUGUCAUUGUGUUAAAUCAGGCUACAGGCCAUGUGAUGGCAAAGCGGGUUUUUGACACCUAUUCUCCCCAUGAAGAUGAGGCCAUGGUCCUCUUCCUCAACAUGAUAGCCAAGGGUCGCAUCCUUAUCUUCACAAUUAAGGAUGAGGGCUCCUUCCACCUUAAAGACACAGCCAAGAGUCUUCUGAAGAGUUUAGGGAGCCAGAUUGCAGCUUCUCUCAGCUGGAGGGACAUGUGGACAUUUGUGGGGAAGAAAGGAGGUGAAGUGUAUGGUGAGAAACAUGCCAAGUCCCCACUGCUUUCCUCCUGGGGAGAGCCAGUCUUGUUAAAAACCGAAGUCCAAUUAACCUCUGUGGAAGAUGCAGAAUGCCAUUGGCCAGAUACUGAGUUGAAUCGGCGGCGGAAGCGUUUCUGCAGCAAAGUCGAAGGUUAUGGAAGUGUGUGCAGCUGUAAAGAUCCUACACCUAUAGAGUUCAAUCCUGAUCCACUCAAAGACAACACAGUUUUUGAUGUACCUGUUGCUGUCAUUGCAGGGAACAGACCCAACUACCUGUACAGGAUGCUACGAUCUCUGCUGUCAGCACAAGGGGUCAAUCCUCAAAUGAUAACAGUUUUUAUUGAUGGAUAUUAUGAGGAGCCAAUGGAUGUGGUUGAAUUGUUUGGCCUGAAGGGAAUCCAACACACACCCAUCAGCAUUAAAAAUGCAAGGGUCUCUCAGCACUACAAGGCCAGUUUGACUGCAACAUUCAACUUGCAUCCGGAUGCAAAGUUUGCUGUGGUAUUGGAAGAAGACUUGGACAUUUCCAUUGAUUUCUUCAGCUUUCUAAGCCAGUCUAUCUAUUUGCUGGAAGAAGAUGACAGCUUGUAUUGCAUCUCUGCAUGGAAUGACCAGGGGUAUGAACAUACCGCUGAAGACCCUUCACUUCUCUAUCGUGUAGAGACCAUGCCAGGCCUGGGCUGGGUGCUAAGAAAGACUCUGUAUAAGGAUGAAUUGGAGCCCAAGUGGCCAACACCAGAAAAGCUUUGGGACUGGGACAUGUGGAUGCGCAUGCCAGAACAGCGGAAAGGACGUGAAUGCCUCAUCCCAGACGUAUCCCGCUCAUAUCACUUUGGCAUUGUUGGCCUCAACAUGAAUGGCUACUUCCAUGAAGCCUAUUUCAAAAAGCACAAGUUCAACACAGUCCCCAAUGUACAGCUUAAGAAUGUGGAGAGUUUAAAGAAAGAUGCAUAUGAAAUUGAACUUCAUCGUCUGCUCAGUGAGGCUGAAGUUCUAGAUCAUACCAAAAAUCCUUGUGAGGAUUCUUUUGUCCCAGACACUGAAGGAAAAACCUACGUGACGUAUAUAAAGAUGGAGCAGGAGGCAGAUUUCACUACUUGGACUCAGCUUGCCAAGUGCCUCCACAUCUGGGAUCUGGAUGUCCGGGGGAAUCAUAAAGGACUAUGGCGGCUCUUUCGGAAAAAGAACCACUUCUUGGUCGUAGGAGUCCCUGCCUCUCCAUAUUCAUUCAAAAAACCUUCUUCAGUGACACCAAUCUACAUGGAACCCCCAGCCAAGGAUGAGGCAGCAGGAGCCAUAGCAGCAGGAGCAGAGCAAACAUGAAGCAGAACAUGGAGUGUUUGGCCGUAUUGCCUUCAUAGCCUACAGGAUAGGAGGACAGAGGAACACUUAGCGCUCUCUGGGAUUGGCUUUUCUCUGGAAGUCUUGAGAAGUAGGACAAGCCAAAGGGGGCUCUCCCCAUCCCCCAUCCUCAAGCUGCCGCUGAGAGUGGAUAAAUUGCCUUGGAAGAAUAGGCAUCUUUAAUAUUUUUCUAAGCCACUGAAACAAUGCAGUUGUCUCGUUUUUAAUAUUGAUGUUUUACUAAUUGUGGGCCACUAUUUCCCCAAAUUGGGGUUCAGCCUGAGGGAGCUGUUUGAAAGGGAUUGAUUCCCUUUAGAAGCUCUUUCCACAUUGUUACCUGAGGAUAUAUAAAAAAAAUUUAAUUUAUUAGUUUGCUGCAGUGGUCAGCCACCUUUAAAGGCUGUUUUCUUGCUUUAUAUGCUGGCUUUUGAGGGGAGUAAUAAUGAUGGGAAUAGUUCCUGGAAAGCAUAUGGGGCCAUUCCUUAAACCCACAUACGGUAUCACCACCUGGCUUGUGACUUUAUGGCCAGUGAUUCACAUGCACACAAAGAAGAGUUUUGUGGCCUUGGCUUCGUGAUCAAAGGGUACAAGCUGCAAAAGAACUGCAUGUGUUUACUGUGUACUGAAUAUCCUGGUCACUCAGGCUCAGAAUUCCCUUUUUCCUCAUCCUCUCCUCCUAUUGGGCAGAUAUGGCCACAAAAGGUGGUCAUUUUCAAAGCUACGGCCUCUAGGUUCCCACUGGAUCUGUAUGGAUCCAGCAAAGGCUUGGUCUUGGUUGAAAUACUUGAAAAGAUACAGGCUACAUGGUUUGGUCAUUUCCAUAAAAUGCAGGAAGAGCUGAGCAGCAGUAAAAAAGAAAAGUGCCUUGAACAAGCAGGUGCUGGCCUGGGAAGCUUUAGUAUUUACCAGUAUAUCAGGGUGCAGAAGUAGUAAAUGAGUCAGAUUAAAUCUUACUUCUGCGUGAGGCUGGUCUAUAGGUUCUGAAAACCAAACCCAGAAGUUGGCCAGCCAUCAUAGGGUCUUUCUUUGGCCCCAAAGCAUGCAUCUGGAAGAUUUUGCUACUAAGUCCUAAGAAAGGGCAAUUUGGGGCUCUAGAUAACUAAUCAGAGGUGAAGUGGUGUGGGGAGAGAGAGGGAGCUGCAAUUCAGGGAUAAAGAGGAAAUCAUGGUUUCCUUUUAGAUAUCCUGUGCCUUAUGGGGAAGAGGGAAGGUUUUAGGUCUCAAAAGCGACUUUCAAUAUAUUCACACCAUGACUAUAUUAAGGGAAAAGGAAAUGAGCAUUUCCCUCAAGGGAACAACUAGAUUCUAGUUUGAAGCCACCUUUCCUUCAUUUAGUUGAGUUACCUCUUUGUGUUUUCCUCUUUUUCCUCACUGUCCUCCAAACUUGUCCGAUACCGGUACGAGUUAAAAAGUAAAUACCUUUUUGUGUCUAUAAGGCAGCUGAAAAACUUCUUGAAGUAUGUUGUUUUGAUUAGUUAGCUAAUGCAUGUUUCUCUUGAAACUCAGGCUACUACUUAUUCUAGAGCCCAAGGUUUCUGUGCUUGAAUGAGACCUCAAGUAGGACUUCUGACCUAACACUGUCAUAAAUAUGAUAUUUGCAGAGGUCACUUGCCUGCUGCGUCCAUACAGUUUCAUUGGCAAAAGUAGUGACUAGUUCAUGUGAGGAUUUCUGCCAACAAAAAUUGUGGGUCCUCUUGGCCCUAUCAGUCUUGAGGGAAGAAGGUAGUCUUCCAUUUGCAGGAUGACUGUGAACUCCAGUGUCAGAGUACAGCAGUGCUGCUUUUUGCUCUGCCUUGACUUCAUUUCCUGCCCUGUUAUGUGAAGGAGAAAUGGCUUUUUCUAAAGAAACACGGAAGAGACAUAACUUACUAGGAUUCCUGAUCAUGACGUUAAUAGGUGUUUUUUCAGUAUGCAGCUGUGCAUCA